CAUGAGCUCCCUUACUUUAUAACCUGUGACAUCAUCAGUCUGUGCAAAGUUUCAUGCUGGUAGAAGUCUUCGACUGACACAGUCACAGAUGAAGUUGAUGCCAGAGGUUUGACAAGAAUCACCAUCGGGUUUCAGUGGUUGAGCUAAAAUGUGCACUAGGUGCUUCCUGUUAGAAGAUUAGAGAUUUAUUCUGAUCCAACUGAACUGGAAAAGGUAACCUGAGUGACUUCCUUAUUUGAGCUGGCAAAGCACUGAGUCAAUCCAUUAUAAUGGCUGCUUGGACUCCAUGCAGUUAGAACAAAGAGCCCAGGAUUCUGCGAUCAAAACUUCAGAUGUUGAUUUUUUUUAAUCUCCUUGCAAGAAAGAAGAAUGCCCAUAAAAAGUGUGCACCUCUCUCCUCAACGGCUUUUUGGAUAAACGUCAGAAAGUAAGGUGCGAUCCUGUUAGCUUCUCUUAUAUAUCCUGACGUACGUGUAACAGGUGACACUGAAAAUGAGUCUCGAGGGACAAGAACAUCCCGAGACGGGACUGAAAGACGUCUUCGACAUACUAGUUAAAGCACCUCCAGAGCAGCUGCUGAGCCUGACAUUCCUGCUAGGUGAGUCUCUGGAAGAAAACCUCCUACACGCCUUGUGUCUGAUUGUUCUCCAGAAGGAGGUGCGGGCCCUGGAUAAACUCCAAACGCUGAAGGACAACUACUUUGCAUCUCAGCUGGCUGUAAAGUUGCAGAUAAGCGAAGGCAAAUUAGAGGCCUUCGCCGAGCAUUGUGGCUCUUUUCCAGAGCUUGCAGGAGGAUCCUUGGCGGCGUUGGCUCGUAUUUUUAAGGUUUUGUCAGAGAAAAGGAUGUGUGAUCCACGUCUGAGGGAUCUGGCGUACAAGAGAGCCCUUCUCAGUGACAAUCAAGCAGCGGGCAGUUGUGAGAAACUGGACUAUGAUCUUCUCGCAGAGGAAGCUAAAGGCGUCUGUGGGCCUCAGUUUGCGGAGUGGGCGUGUUCCCCGAAGGAUCUCAGGUCGGAGCCUCGCCAAGAUCUUGAGGGCAGCUUGGAUGCAGGAAACACAACUUUAAAAGUGACCCUGUCUCAGGAUCAGUGUGAGAGAGCGGACAGUCUGCCCAGCCCACUGCAGGUGACCUCCUCAAUGCCUUCAUACCCUACUCAUCUAGAGAUCAGUGUACCUCCUACAGCCACUUUCCCAGAUGACAAAGAAACCCCAGGAACAUCAGACGAAUCCAAACUGAAGACCAAACCUGCCCUCAUUGUCUACGAAUGUGAAGCAAAAAAUACACUUGGUCAGACCCUCAGUCCUCAGCCCGAAUCCACUCAAGCUCCUCCGUCUGGUGCAAAGAAACACUCAAAGAUGAAAGCAGAGGGCAGUAAGAAUCAGCCCACAAAAGCAACCGUUGCACCUACUUCAACCAACGUCGUUCUACCCAAGGCGCCUGUGCCAGAAAGUAAAUAUGCAGAAGGGGAUGAAAAGGCGAUCUUUUAUGACUUUGUUAUCCUGCAUGACCAGGAGGACGAAGAUGAGGCCGAGAGAAUGAGGGAAAAAGUGGGAGCGGUCAUUGGUAGCGAAGGUGCAACCCUUGCCGGGGACUUUGCCGUCCCGGGGAAGAGGAGUCUGAGGUGUGUGGAGGACGCCAUCAACAACUCGGCCUUCACCUUUCUGCUGCUCACCCGCAACUUCAACGAGGGCAUGCUGGACAUACAGGCGGACUCUGCCCUAAUCAACUCCAUCAACAAGAGACACAAGUACAACACCGUGAUACCUCUUCUGCCGAAAGAGAACAGCAUGCCCAAAGAGAGCCUGCCCAUGGUUCUAGGAACAAUAAAUCCACUGGAGGAGAACAAGGCCUUUGACAGGAAAAUAAAAAAGAUAUUCACUCCUCGGAAGAUCGAAAACCAGAAGAAAAUCUGGACCGUCGAGCAGGCAGUGAAGAGGGAGAUAGAGCGACAGGAGAGACUGAAGCACUUAAACCAGGCCCAACAGGAGAUGAUCAAAGAGUGUACAACAGCACAGUUGCUGGUGCAAGAGAACGUGAGGCUUUCGUUGGAGGGGAAUUAUCUGGAAUCCGUUGUGUCCGCUCGUCCAAGUAUUCACAUUGAAAAUGCUAACUACGUCAUGAUUGGUAAUGACUCUACAAUGACUGUGAGUGGAGCUGCAGACAAAGACGACUCAGGGGAGGAACAAUGACCCCAAAAUGAUUGUUAUGCCAAAGUAUUUGUAGAAAACGAGUGUCAUCUGAACACUUUUCAGAGCUGUAACAAUUGCUGUGGAGCAUUACACAAACGCUGAUUGAGUCAUUGUAUUAAACCCUGUUGGUGAAGGAAAC